AUGAUGAUGGCACUCGCUGCAAUGCGGGAAUUACCGGCUGUCCUCGUUCCGGGUGGCGUGACGUUGCCACCUACCACUGGCGAAGAUGCAGGGAAAAUCCAGACGAUCGGUGUUCGUUUCGCACACGGUGAGAUUAGCCUGCAAGAUGCAGCGGACAUGGGUUGCCGUGCCUGUGCGACCGCUGGGGGAGGUUGUCAAUUCUUGGGAACCGCAGCGACAUCGCAGGUUAUCGGUGAAGCGUUAGGGAUGAGUCUGACGCAUACAGCAUUAGCACCAUCCGGACAGAACAUCUGGUCGGACAUGGGACUCCGUUCCGCACGCGCUGUUGUAAAUUUAGCCGCGAAAGGGUUGACGAUGAACGAUAUCGUUACACCAGAGGCGAUUCGGAACGCCAUGGUAGUGCACGCGGCAUUUGGUGGAUCUACGAAUCUUCUGUUGCAUAUUCCCGCGAUUGCGCAUGCCGCCGGUCUUCGACGUCCAACGGUAGACGAUUGGACAGAAAUCAAUCAACGUGUCCCGCGCCUCGUCGAUGUCCUGCCAAAUGGACCUGUUGGACAUACCACAGUGAGAGUUUUCCUCGCCGGUGGAGUGCCCGAGGUGAUGCUCCACUUACGUGAAUUAGGGUGCCUCAACGAAGACGUACUAACGGCAACAGGCGAAACUCUCGGUAGUAACCUCGAUUGGUGGGAAAAUUCUGAACGACGCGCGCGCGUCCGUCAAACGCUGGAAGACAAAGAUAACGUUGACCCUGAUGAAGUGAUUCUGAGUCCGAAUGCCGCGAAGGUAGCAGGAUUGACAAGCACAGUGACGUUCCCACGCGGCAACCUCGCACCUGAAGGAUCUGUCAUUAAAAGCACCGCCAUUGAUCCGAGCGUCGUUGAUGCCGAUGGUGUGUAUCGGAUGACGGGACCGGCGCGUGUCUUUGUUCGGGAAUCCGAGGCGAUACAGACCCUCAAAGGUCAGGGUGAAAGGAAUAUCCAGCCAGGUGACAUCAUAGUGUUGUGCUGUCGCGGUCCCCAAGGCACAGGAAUGGAGGAAGUUUACCAGCUGACAGCAGCGUUGAAACAUCUUUCCUUCGGAAAAACCAUCGCCUUGAUUACGGACGCCCGGUUUUCUGGCGUGUCAACGGGAGCAUGCAUUGGACACGUCGGACCGGAGGCUCUCGCAGGUGGUCCCAUUGGGAAGGUACUUGAUGGUGACAUAAUUCAGAUAGAGGUCGAUACCCUGCAGCUGGAAGGAAGCAUUAAUCUCGUCGGACAUGGCAGCGAACACUUCGGUGCUGAAGCAGGUGAACAGGUUUUGGUAGCACGCGCACCGCGUCCAGAUCUCGCGCCAGAUGAGGCUUUACCAGAUGAUACGCGGCUUUGGGCAGCGUUGCAAUCUGUCUGUGGUGGCACAUGGGGUGGUUGCGUUUACGAUGUAGACGCGAUCCUUAAUGCCUUGAAGUAG